AUGACCAUGGAGGCAUGGUACCACAUCUACUGUGGCUGGUGUGAUUCGAACAAGGUCCCACCUGAAGAGCGUGCUAGCAACCGGACUUUCCGGAUCGUGUAUGAUCAGACCUGGAAGGUGACAAUGCCAAUGCGGGAGAUUUCGCAGCAUGCGAGGUGCUCCCAGUGCGCUCACUUCACUGCUCGAAUUGGGCAUGUCCACACGGCUGACGAAAAGGCUGCUUUGGAGCACUGUCAGAAUAUCCAUUUGUCCAAUGUUCGAGCCUAUCGGACCCUACAGGCCAGGCUGGCCACAUUGUCCGAGCAGUCGACGGUGGUGGACGCUACGGAGACUUGUCUGAUGAUUUCUGUGGACGGCUUGGAUCAAGCGAAGACCCGGUGGCCUAGAAAUCUUUCUUCCUCCAAGAGCUUGGACAAACUGUGGCGGCCACAGGUCCACUUGAUUGGCUACAUCUGCCACGGCGUUUGUGAAGGAUUCUUCGUGGUUCCUGCUGAUGUUCCCAAUGACUCGAGUUGUGAGAUCACUGUGAUUGAGACCAUUUUGGAUUGGGCCCAUGAUAUCCUUCGAUCUCGCAAGUGCUCCAUGCCCACAAACUUGGUCUUGGAGACCGACAAUUGCGCGCGAGAAGGGAAAAAUUCCAUCGUAGCAAAAUGGUCAUGCCAAGCAGUGGCGAAGGGAAAGUUCCUGUCCGUCUCCCAUAUCUAUGGGGAGGACUUUCUGAAGAUCUUGGACACAAAGGUUUCUCCAGUGAAGGGCCGAGAGUUGAAGAACGGGAUGCUUGAGGGGACUUGGGAUUACAAGACCUGGGUGGAGCAAUUGGGGCUUCAGAUCUCAGGGCUGGAGCUCAGCUACACACCCUGUGAUCACGAUGUCAUCUUUCUCGCAAAGGAGCUGGUGAACAGCAACGAGCUGUCUCAAAGGCCUUUGGUGGCACUUCCCAAGGACUUCUUGGCCAAACUCAAAGAACCCUUGAAGCUGAUUCUUCGCAAUCCAAUUCCAGAGCGAUCCCUGAAAAAGUUUCUGAAGACUGCGCGAGUCAUUGAGCAAGAACCUUGGUAUCUUCUCCGGGCUGCGGAGGAGCUUCGUCACUGGAUCGAUAUGAAUCAAAAGAAGAGCUGGCCCGUUCCCCAUAUGCCGGUUUGGAUGCACCAAGCUGACACACGCCCUGUUGGAGUCGAACCCAAUCCUACGGGGUGGGAGAAGUUUGCGCCGGGUCCUGUCCGCCAGAUCCAAGUCGUUGAGCAGAAGCCCCCGGCAGAGCCCAAACCAAAACGCCAACCCAAAAGAGCAGAACCCAAGGAAGCAUGCGAACCCAAGAAACGGGGGCGGCCUCGAAAGCACCCCAUUCUUGUUCCCAAUGCUGCUGCUGUGCCCGACCAGCUGAGCCAGGGUGGGAAUGGGGUUGAUGCUGCGAAUGCUGAGGUUGGAGGUGGUGCUGCGAAUGCUGAGGUUGCAGGUGGUGCUGCUGCGAAUGCUGAGGUUGCAGCUUCUGCAGCGAAUGCUGAGGCUGAAGGUCCAGGUGCUGGUAUUGCUGAACUCCCUCAGGUUCAACGUGUGAUGCAGCUGGACGAGUCCAUCAAGCUCAUCAGUUUUGAUCAAUGUAUGUAUGGUCUUGUUUCUAAGGAAACAAAGACACCGAUGCAGAAGCGGACCUGCAUGCUGACAAAUGCUUGGGGCCUGGUGGAGAUGCUGGCUCACCCAGUGGUUAUGGGUGGUUGGUAG